AAAAUGUGAAUUAUCAAUAUGGCCGCUACGGUCUAAUAGGUUGGACGGCGUAAUGUUACGACUAUGAAGAAAUAGCGUGUUUUGUGAAAAGCUACACGCGUAUUAAAAUCUUAAAUUUACGAAAUGUUUUACAAUAACGUCAUUACCGAUUAAAUUUUAUAAACAAUACAAGCCUCAUUAAAUACGAAGCCAAAGAAAUAAGGCAAUGGAUAUACAUUUUAAUAACAUACAAAACGGAGAUUAAAGGUUAAGAAAAAGAUAUAGUAGAGAGGAAAGCAUUUACAAUUCCCUCCGACGAACGGAGAAACAGAAGAAAUGCUGACUUCAAAAAACUACGAUAUUAUAUAUUAAGAAGAAAUUAAUUUUACACAUUCAUUAAUUCUAACAAAAAGCAAGAAAAUGAGUAGAUCAGAUUGUGCAACUGAUACAGGAAGUGGCUGGCGUGAAUGUGCUAAAUGGUUAACAAGAUGUGGAGCAUUAAGAGCUGAUCACAAAGCCAAUUGGCCAAAUGCAACACCAUUUGAUCUUGCUUACACAUUAAGAGACGGAGUAUUACUUUGUAAUUUAUUAAAGACUGUAGAUUCAGGAUGCAUAGAUAUGAAAGAUGUUAAUCAGAAACCACAAAUGGCACAAUUUUUAUGUUUACGAAAUAUAAAAGUAUUUCUGUCUGCAUGUUCAACUAUUUUCGGAUUAUCAGAUUCUGACCUAUUUGAACCUUCUAUGUUAUUUGAUUUAUCGAAUUUUCAACGUGUACUUUGUACAUUAUCAGCACUAUCGAAUUGUCAUCGUCUAAGACAAAAGGGUAUUCCAGGUUUCUCAGUAGGCCAUAGUCGAUCUCAAGAAGAUAUUUAUAAGGAUUUGCAAAGUGCUGGUGUUGGGCGCGAAGAUGAAGGUCGUCGCAGAAGGUUUAGAAGGAGAGAGGGUGAUGAAGCAGGUGGAGGAGGAGACAAUGAUGACUCUGUAGGAGAAGAAGAUGGUUAUGGAGCUUAUUGCAGUCAUGCUCAAAGUGAAGAGAUCUAUCAGGACCUUUGUAGUUUACACCUGCCACCUCCUCCAUCUGUUGCUCAGCAGGGUGGUGCAAUAUCAGGAGGAGAAAAGAGAGACUAUGUUAUUCAAGAACUUGUAGAGACUGAAAGAAACUACUCAGAUGUUCUCAACAGUUUAUUAAAACAUUUUGCGAGACCACUUUCGUCAUUAUUAAGACCUGAGGAUUCCGCACGAAUAUUUUUUGGUAUAAAAGAAUUGUCCGAAAUUCAUGCUGGUUUCCAUAGUCAACUUCGUAAAGCAAGAAACGGAUCUGCCUUAGCUCAAGUUUUUCUUGAUUGGCGAGAAAAGUUUCUUAUUUAUGGAGAUUAUUGUGCAAAUCUUACACUUGCACAAAAUACGCUACAAGAAGCAUGUACGAGAAACGAAGUUUUUAAUCAAGAAGUCAUAAGAUGCCAACAAGAUUCCAAUAAUGGUAAAUUUAAAUUACGUGAUAUACUUUCUGUACCAAUGCAAAGGGUGCUAAAAUAUCAUUUGCUACUUGAUAAGUUAGUGGAAGAGACUCCUAGGGAUUGGCACGAAGACAGACGUCAAUUAAGUGAAGCGAGAGAAGUUAUGGUAGACGUAGCACAAUACAUAAACGAAGUUAAACGUGAUGCAGACACAUUAGAUAUCAUAAAAGAUAUAGAAGCAUCGAUAAUUGAUUGGGAUGUACCUGAAGAUGCACAAUUAAAAGAUUAUGGACGUUUGUUAAGAGAUGGAGAACUUAAGGUGAAAGCACAUGGCGAUCAAAGAAUAAAAGCCCGUUAUGCAUUUGUUUUUGAGCAAAUCAUUCUAAUAUGUAAAGCGGGAAGAGGUGAUCAAUAUUGUUAUAGAGAUUUUUUACGUUUAGAUGAUUAUAGACUUGAGGAUCAUACGGGUAGACGAACUCUUGGCCGAGAUUCACGUUGGUCUUAUCAAUGGUUACUUGUGCAUAAACAAGCAUACACUGCAUACACCUUAUAUGCAAGGACAGAAGAACAAAAGCAAAUGUGGAUUAAAGCAUUACAAGAUGCGAUGGAUAAUGUAAAUCCUGCUGCAUGUCGAAACACGAAUCAUAAAUUUAAACUUACAACAUUUGAUACUGCACGUAGUUGUCAACGUUGCGGUAGAUUCCUUAAAGGCUGUAUAUUUCAGGGUUACAGAUGCGAAGUAUGUCGCCUUGCUGUACACAAACAAUGUAUUGCACAUUCAGGACGUUGUAUGCCAAUACCACCUCCACCUCCUCCACCACCACCCUUGCCUUGUGAAAGAGCACUUUCUGCAAAACUUUGGUUUGUUGGAGAAAUGGGACGAGACACGGCAUCUAAUAAACUUGAACCUCGUGAGGACGGCACAUACAUGUUAAGAAUAAGACCAGCUGGCCAACCUCGACUUAAGCAUGAAACUAAUUAUGCAUUAAGUAUCAAGGCCGAUGGUGCAGUAAAACACAUUAAGAUAUUCAAACGUGAUGUAGAUGGUGCAGAUCUCUAUUAUCUCAGUGAAUCUAGAUUUUUUAAGAGUGUCGUCGAACUUGUAGAGUACUAUGAACGCGCCUCAUUAGCAGAAAAUUUUGAAAAAUUGGAUCAACGAUUGUUAUGGCCUUUCCGUCGUGUAUUAGCCAAAGCACUAUUCGAUUUUCAUGGUAGCGAACGUAAUCAAUUGAGUCUUCGACGUGGUUGCAGAGUUGUUGUCUUAAGUAAAGAAGGUGAUGCCAAAGGAUGGUGGAAGGGAAAGAUAGGCGAUCAAGUAGGAUUUUUUCCUAAAGAGUAUGUCGAGGAAGAAUAACGGAAAUGCGGCAGUAAUAAUUCUUAUCUAUGCCGCAAUUAUCUUAUCGUGCAAUCAUAAAUUGAGUGAAAUAUAUUUUGAAGAGAUAGAAAGAAAACAAACAAAAAAAGAAAAAAAAGAAAUAUAAGAAGAAACGAAAAAAAAAAAAAACAAAACAAAACAAAAUCAUGCAAAAAAGAAAAAAAAAAAUGAAAAGAAAAAGCAAAAUGAAAUAUACCAUGACGUUUACAUUGUGCAAAGCACCUUGUAAAAUAAUAUUUUCAAUGCCAAUCUUGUUAAUAAUUUUCUUUAAUAUUUGAUUUUCUUUUCAAUUCACGAUCAAUUAAUUUACACAUGAAGAUAUUUAUACAUAUGUAUAUAUAUAUAUAUAUAUAUAUACGUAUAUACAUAGCGUGAUAUAUUGUAACGUACUCAUUCUUUUAGAAUACUUUUGUUUUACCUAAAUGAUUAACAAAUAAAUUCGCGUAUUUUUUAUUCGAGAUCGGCAGGAAGGAAGAGACGAAAAAAACGAUAGCGUGAUCAUAGUAAUUUUUUUACUUAUCAUUUAUUCUCUUAUUAAUCUCAUCGAACUUUUCUCGUUUGCUUAUCUAUUUUUUUCUAACUAAAUGAAUCGUGUUCACUUGGUAUAUGUACCAAGAUGAAUUUAAUCUUUCAGAUAUUCAAUAAUUCAAUAAGUCUUUUUUCUUCUAUAUUACAAAAGUCUAAAUUCUUUUUCAACUAAUUUAUUGAUUUUAAUAUCACUUCUCAAAGUAUUGCUCUUGCGCCUAAUAAUUUUUUAAUGAUCCUUGGUGCUCUUCUUCUGCCUCUCUUAUAAUUUUUUUUAUUUUUUUUUUUUUUUAUUUUUAAACUUACUCACCUUCUAUUUUUAAUUGUAUAUUAAUUAUUCUUUUUAUUUCUCGAUACUUAUUAACCGUCCUAAUCAUACUAUCUAUCCUUCAUACGCUUUCUGAGAUCCGUCACAAUAUAUGUAUAAUCAUUUUUCAAUGGCCACAUGUCUUUUAUUCUAUCAUUUUAUCGAUUUUAUUUAUGGAAAAUUGUAAAAUAAACUUACACUCUUACUCUUCUAUUGUAAAAAAAAAAAAAGAAAAAAAAGAAAAAAAAGGAAAAAAAAAAAGAAAAAAAAACAUUCCAAUUUUAAAUUUCUCACAGAGCAUUAUAUAAUUUCAAUAUAUAUAUAUAUAUAUAGAUAUAUAUAUAUAUAUAGUGUGUGUGUGCAUGUGUGCGUGCGCGCGCGCCUGUGUAUAAUGAUCAAUAGAUUGUUAUUUGAUUUAGAACAGAAAUAUUCAAAAAUAAGAAUUUCCUUAUCUCAGUAAGCUAUUGUAUACAUUUAGAUAAUAGGUGCAAAAGAAUUUUGCGGUGCCUUAGCGAAUUUUUACAUCCGCAAUCCAUGAAAUAACAAGAGUUAUUCUCAAAUGAGAAAUAUAACAAAGUGGUCACUGAUUUAAAUGUUCUAUGUAUGUAUGUAUGUAUGUAUGCAUAUAUGCAAAUGCAUAGCUUCAUGUUUAGUUAAUCCUACCAUGUAUACAAAUUCAGUAAUAUGAAUUAUAAUUACUAGUUUUCUUUUCAUAAGAUCAUUUUGAUUAGUAUAAUAGACACAAAAAAAAAAUAAGCAAAAACUUAUAUGCGAAAACAGAUUUGUUUCUUGAAAUUAAACGUUCAUGAAAUGUAAAAUUUUUAUGAAAAAUAAUCGAUUUUGUGAACAUUUAUAUUUUCGAGACAACUUUCGUUCCGCAUUUUCUUUCUUUUCUUUAAGAUCUAAUUGUCAAUUAUUAAUUGUACAUAUUGUGUUCCCUUACAGCUAAUUAAAGCUUAACUAUGUAUGUAUUCUCACAUACAUGUGCAGUAUCCAUAUAUAUUUUAUUGUAGGAAAGAAAUUAGCUGUAAUAUUUUUUUAAUGGUUAGAAAAAUUCUCAAUCGUGCCAAUAAGAAUAAUCAAUAAAGUUUACAUUUUAUUGAGUUGUUAUAAAAAAAAAUUCUUGGCGUAUCUUUCAUUUCCUUUGUUAUCUAUAUAUCUAAUAAAGCAUCUAUUAACUCUAUAUUAAUUACAAUAUAAAUCAUAUCAUGUAAAAUAAUAUAUUAACAUGUUUUACAUUAUAUAUGUUAUAUUGAAAAUAUAGAUUUUGUUCAGGUUUCAUAACGUGGUGGUUGCUGUUUCUGGAGACUUUAAUGCCACAAGAAACGAAAACAUAAGUUCUAUCCGUUCACUGUCCCUAGACCUAUAAUGACUUAUGACAUUGAUGAGAAUAGAUAAUGUAAUACUUGACCAAAUUUGAUGAACAAGAUCUCAUUUUAAAGAAGACGAUUUAAUCUAGGAAACAUCUUUUUUGAAUUUUUGAAAAAUCUUUAUUUUCUUUGAAAAAAAAUCGUGUUAAAAGAUGAUAUUUUUCGACAACAGUUUAGGCAGAAAUAAAAAUCUUUUUCAAAAAUAUGAAAAAGAUAUCUCCUGAAAAAUAUCAAAAUAUAUCAAAAAUUAUGCUUGCUGUCAUUGUUGGUGUAAAUACUGUUUUCGACAUUUUUCAUGUAGAAAAAAUUUCGUACUGUGACACCUCUCGAAAUUCGUAUAACAAAAGAGAAGUUCGUAUCCCCACUACUGAUUUAUAUAGUCUGCUCGAAUGAAGUAUGUUUAUUCGAACAUAUGAAAUAGCGAUUUAUUUGAUUGUUCAAUUUUAAUUUUGGGAUAGUUGACGUAAUAAAAACAUAAACCAGCUUUCUUUUAACAUUA